AUGACCGCCGACGACGACGAAACACAAAUACUUUCGGAGAUGGAAAGACAAAGGGCUGAGGCAGCUCUUAGGGAAGCGGCUGCCAGAGCGGCUGCUGAGAAGCAGGCCCGGGAGGACCAUGCAGCAGUUACGAGAGGUCUCACAGACCAGGCGACGAUGCAACAGCUAUCAUCGUCGGGACAUGACGCCCAGAGACGACGAAAAAAGAAUUAA